AGGCGGGGCUUGGUGCUGCUGAGGCGGCUGUUCGAUAGGGGUGUUAUCGGUGGUGGUGGUUACGCGCGCGCAAAGCGCGCCCGCGGGUCUCCAUGGUGAAGGCAAGGGUGGCGAGAGCAAGUGGCGGCGACUGAUGUCGCUGGCGGCGGCCAGCCUGAGCCCUCCUGGUAGCGCGCGGUGCCAUGUCCCGGGGGUGCUGCACCCACCUCCUGUGGGAUGUCAGGAAGCGGAGUUUGGGGCUGGAGGAGCCCGGCCUGCUGCGGAGGCGAUACCUCGGAAGAAGAGAAUUUGUCCAAAGAUUAAAACUUGAAGCAACGCUGAAUGUCCAUGAUGGCUGUGUGAACACAAUUUGCUGGAAUGAUACAGGAGAGUACAUUUUAUCUGGGUCUGAUGAUACUAAUCUUGUCAUUACGAAUCCAUACAGUAGAAAGGUUUUAACAACCAUUCGCUCAGGACACAGGGCAAAUAUAUUCAGUGCAAAAUUCUUACCAUGCACCAAUGAUAAGCAAAUUGUGUCCUGUUCUGGAGAUGGAGUCAUUUUUUAUACUAACGUGGAACAGGAUGCUGAAACAAACAGACAGUGCCAAUUUACAUGCCACUAUGGAACAACUUAUGAGAUUAUGACAGUCCCGAAUGACCCCUAUACUUUCCUGUCUUGUGGAGAAGAUGGCACCGUAAGAUGGUUUGAUACUAGAAUCAAGACCAGUUGCACAAAAGAAGAUUGUAAAGAUGAUAUUUUAAUAAACUGUAGAAGGGCUGCCACCUCUGUAGCUAUUUGCCCUCCAAUUCCAUAUUAUCUUGCAGUUGGUUGCUCUGAUAGUUCAGUAAGGAUAUAUGAUCGGCGAAUGCUUGGGACAAGAGCAACAGGUAAUUAUGCAGGUCGGGGCACUACAGGGUUGGUUGCACGUUUUGUUCCUCCCCAUCUCAACAACAAAUCCUGCAGGGUAACAUCCCUGUGCUACAGUGAAGAUGGCCAAGAAAUUCUUGUGAGUUAUUCUUCAGACUACAUAUACUUGUUUGACCCCAAGGAUGAUACAGCUAGAGAACUUAAAGUUCCUUCAGCAGAAGAGAGAAAAGAAGAGUUACAGCAACCUCCUGUCAAACGUUUGCGACUAAGAGGAGAUUGGUCAGAUACUGGACCGAGAGCAAGGCCUGAAAGUGAACGGGAAAGAGAUGGGGAGCAGAGCCCUAAUGUCUCAUUAAUGCAAAGGAUGUCUGACAUGUUGUCAAGGUGGUUUGAAGAAGCAAGUGAAGUCGCACAGAGCAACAGAGGACGAGGAAGAUCUCGGUCUAGAGGUGGGACUAGUAGAUCAGAUGUCUCUGCUGCUUCUGGUGCCCUUGCAAGUAUUGAAACAGAGGCCACGAUGGAAGUGGAUGGUCCAGAACAGCUUCAGUCAUCAUCCUCCACAAUGUCAGCACAAGCUCCCUCAACCUCCUCCUCAACGGAAAGCCCCCCUUCUACUUCCUUAGUGUCAUCACCUGACAAUGAACAAAGACCUUCCUUGGAGACCCCCGUACCUCCUACACUCCAUCAGUCUGAAUUAAUGGCGCCAGAGUUAGCUAUACUCCGUAGGGGCCUGCAGCGGCUGAGGCUUAAGAAGGCUGAACAGCAGAGACAGCGAGAGAUAGCUGAGGGUUCAGCACAACAGUCUUCCAGCUCUGAUCAGUCUUCCCCUAAGGGCUCCUCACAGGACCCUCAGCCUACAGAUGAUGAAAAGAUGAGCCCACGGACAGGAACAGGUGAACCUGUUUUAAGUUUACAUUACAGUACAGAAGGAACAACUACGAGCACAAUAAAACUGGACUUCACGGAUGAGUGGAGCAGCACAGCUUCAAGUUCCAGAGGGAGUGGAAGUCACAGCAAGCCUGAAGGCCAGGAAGAAUCCCUAAGAACCCAGAGCUCAGAGGCACCAACACCAGAGAGUGAAGAAUCAAGAGUCCUUGAAGAAUCACAUGAGGAUAUUACAAAUGUUGAAGAGCUGAUACUUACGAAUGAAAAUGUUGGAACACCACAUUCAGAUGAUGCAUCUGACCAGCCUGAGACUAGUAUGGAACAAGGAGAUGAUUCUCACCUGGACUUAAACACUCCCCUGGAGUCUGGCAGGUUGUCAAGCAAAGCAGAAGAGCAAGAAGGUCUGACUCAGCAAAAUAGAGAGUCCACUGACAACCUAAAUAAUACAAAUCACGAACCUCAGUCCCAGCCCGAUUCCUCGGGCCUCGCUUCUCAUGAAGAAUCAUCCACAAGGAGUUCUGUUUUCCAGGAAACUGAUGAUAGUGAUGAUGACCCUGUGCUGAUACCUGGUGCAAGGUAUCGUGGAGGAGCAGGCCACAGAUAUAUCAGAGGAACAGCAGUAGGUGAUAGAAUAAUGAGGCGAUCUGCUGUCGCUCGUAUCCAGGAACUCUUCAGAAGAAGAAAAGAAAGAAAAGAGAUGGAAGAAUUGGAAACCUUGAAUAUUAGACGUCCUCUGAUAAAAAUGGUUUAUAAAGGUCAUCGUAAUUCCCGGACAAUGAUAAAAGAAGCC